AAAAAAGGUAAACAAAACUAUAAUGCUCUUCUAGGGAGACACACUCGAGAAACGAAACGCAUUUUGUGAGACAGAGAGGGAGAGAGAGAUCACCAUUCACUCCUCCACCUGGAUUUGCAUCGUACUUAGCCUGAAAUGAAAUGAAUCGACUAAGAAAUGUAGAGGAUCGUCCAAUUCGACAGAGAGUACUGUAGCGAAGAGUGUCUGAUCCCAUCGCUGAUUCUCAUGGCGGGACGGGUCUACGAAGCCUGGAAGGGAAGCAAUAAGUUUUUAUUUGGUGGGAGAUUGAUAUUUGGGCCAGAUGCUUGGUCUCUUCCCUUUACCUUGUUGCUCAUCAUAACUCCAGUUACUUUGUUCUCUGUUUUUGUUGCAACACAUCUCCGCCACGAGUUCUUCUCAAACACUGCAGGAGAUGCCAUCCUAGUAGUAGCCAUUCUGUUUACUCUUUUUGUAUUGAUCCUCCUCUUCCUCACUUCUGCGCGAGAUCCUGGAAUCGUUCCAAGAAACUUGCGUCCGCCAGAGGAAGAACUAUGCUAUGAGACUACUGUGUCAGCUGAUGGAAUACAAGCACCUACUGUUCAAAUUCCGAGGACGAAAGAAGUCAUAGUUUAUGGCGUUCCAGUUAGAGUUAAAUAUUGCGAUACAUGCAUGCUUUAUCGACCUCCUCGUUGCUCCCAUUGCUCCAUUUGCAACAACUGUGUUGAGCGUUUUGAUCACCAUUGUCCUUGGGUAGGCCAAUGCAUUGGAGUGAGAAACUAUAGGUUCUUCUUUAUGUUUGUUUCCUCUGCAACUCUUCUCUGCAUUUACGUGUUCUCCAUGUCGGCUUUAUACAUAAAGUUUCUAAUGAAUAACAAUCAGAGUACUGUGUGGAGAGCAAUGCGAGAAUCCCCUUGGUCUAUUAUGCUAAUGAUAUAUUCCUUUAUAUCUCUGUGGUUUGUUGGAGGGCUUACUGGUUUCCACUUAUACCUCAUUAGCACAAACCAGACAACCUAUGAGAAUUUCCGUUACAGAUCAGAUAAUAGAAUCAACGUUUAUGACCGCGGGUGUUCUAACAAUUUCCUUGAGACAUUUUGCUCGAAAGUUAAGCCCUCAAGGAACGACUUCAGAGCGCUCAUGAGAGAAGAACCUCCGAGGAAUAUCACAUUGGCUACCACAUGGGAAAGACCAGGAGAAGAAGAGGAAGGAAGUUCGGACUUGGAGGAAGGGCGUCAGAAAGUGGAAGACGAUCUUGACAUCGAUGAAGAUGUUAUGAAACUACAGCAGCGUUCUAAUGCAGAAGAAGGCAGCGAUCCAGCGCAUCACAUGGUCGAGGUUGACCAAAUGAGAGUUGGGUCUAGUGAGAGAGCACCAACUAUUCGAUCUGAAGUGAGGCACGGGAACUGGGGAGCAAGAAGUAGCGCACAAGAGGAUGUGGUUAGUGGUUCUUCAGUCAUCAGGGAGAGUAGAAGCUAUGCAGCUGCAGAGGAAGGACGGUGAUGGGUGAACAAUGGGAGUAAAAGAGGUUUUCUCUUUCUUACUGAACUUUAUUGUUUUAGUUUUUCAAUAUAUUACGGGUUUAGGCCCUCGUGGUUUGGUUUGAGAGUUGUGAUUUGUGAACAUGAUGGUGGUUUGGGCAACUGUGAAUAAGUUUAUAGUAAGCUUGGGUAGAGCUCAAUACUAAGUAAAAUAGGUUACUCUACUGGCUUAUCUUUUUUAUAGAUGUUUUUUGGGAUCGAACCAUUUGAGUAUUUGUAUCUUUUAGAAACUGUCCAAAUUGGGAAAAACACAAGCUAAAUUAAUAAAUAGACAAAAUUUGAAACCAGAUCAACGUUCCCAAGUUAUACUGCCAUUGUUGUAUUUUUAUAAGCCACAGUUAACAAAGCUAAAACCAAAAUCUGAUUCCCAACAAAAUUGUCGAAAGGAAUAAUAUUUUUUUCUGGCGACGAAAUGGCUUCUUCCUCUGAUUUUUUCAUCGUCUAAACUAUGGGAACCUUGUCACAAUUUCACUUAGCCCCACCAUCGGCCUUGAUCUACAGAGACUACAUCGAUGCCAACAGCCGACGAGUCAAAAAAACCCCCUCUGCAAUAACACAUUAACCACCUAUCAUUUACCUCUUCUGCCACUAGCCUAGUACGAACAUGUGGAUAGAUGAAUCUUGGUUUGGUUCGUGAUGGGAUUUCGGAUCUAAGAGCAUCUUCAACCUCAAUUCAUAAUUUACUACAAACUGAAGUGAAAAAUUGAAUGAUGAAGAAACAAAAAUCACAUUACUCACUUUUUUGUUUCUUUAUCCUUCUAUUUCCCACUCUAUUUUACGGUAAAUUAUGGAGUGGGAUUAGAGAUACUCUAAAAAAACAUAUAUUACCUCGUUAGAAAUCCUCAGAUUGUUAGUAUGCCUCCCAUCAAGAUUCCGGAUUGGGAAGGUAAAUACUUUUUCAUAUAUGCUGACAAGAAUUUGGUCCCGAUGCCUUCAUGAGACUGGUCUGUCAGUGGAAUGCUGAUCACGGUAGAUGAUCCAAUUAGGUUUCUCUUUGGUUGCUUUGUUUUAUCAUUUUUAAUCAUCUAUGAUUUUCUAUUUGUACUUCAUCCAGUGCAAAAGCAACUUCCCACUGAUAGGCUGCAGCUAGUUAUUAAGGAGCUCAAGGGUAUCCGAACUCAGAAUUGGGAAUCAGUCACUCUGGCUUGUAUCACAUCUGUUCCCGAAAUCAUCAGUGGUGAGCAUAACUUGAUUUGUCUUUUAUGAUGUUUCUGUUCUUCAGGUUUCUUAAGUUCUUUGGUUUGUGACAGCUUGAUUUGUCUUUUGGUUUAUCUUCUGUUUUACUUUAAUUGUGUCUUCAUUUUGCACUUACAUGAUUGGUCCAAAAGUGAAAUACGGUAAAUAAAUAAGUUCUACUAGGGUUAGGAGUUAUCCUUAAGCAUUAUAUAAGCUCGAAGUCGUGAGUGACUUUAAUACUCUUUGUAAUGUUUUCUCUUUUCCUUUUAUCAUUGAGAUAAAAGCUGUUUGUGCCUAAGUUCGGUGGUCAGGUUAAACAUAUAGUGGAUUGCCGGAACCUCUCGCCUAGACAUAGGUGUAGCUCAUUUUGAGGUUCUGAACUGGUUAAAUUUCUCGGUGUCAUUUUCUUCUCUUUGCUUACAAUACUUGUUACUUGCAUGUAGAGAGAGAGAGAGUGAACCAAACCAAACCAUCCUCUCCAACUAGCAGCAGGCUCAUUGAUAAUAAGCCCACUUUAGUUAUUCGUAAUUUUUAGGCUAAUUUAAAAGCCCAUUUGCAAAGUUAAAUAUAGGGCUCGUUCAUAAAACUCUAGGGUUCCGGAGGUCUAAUUCGUUCCUUUAUAAUAUAAUGACGGUUCUAUCGAUUUCCAUCAAAUCAUCUCAUUAGAUUUUAAUCUUGAGUUGGUAGCUUUUCCUGGCCGGGUGAGGUAUUCUUUCUUUUCUCUCGCCAAAACCCUAACGUAGUCCUUUUUUUUCUUCCUUUCGAUCUCUUCCUCUUCAAUAUUGAUGUCAGGACUAUAAUGCCUUUAUUUGCAUUUAACAAUUAAUAUAAUAAGAUUUCGAAUCGAUUACAAAGGCUACAAAGAAACAUCAUAAGAAUGGUCUCAGGAUUUUUUCCUUCUACAGUGGCAAGAUUCUUCGUUUCCAGAAUCUAUUACCGCAGUGGGAGUAGAUAGUUUUUAGGGUAGAAUACAACCAACGAAUAUGAUUUUAAUAGUUUGUUUCCUUCGGGUUGCAGAAAAUGUUGGGAGCUACGCAGAUACCACCUCCAUAUGUCAGGUGUAUUAUCGAGAAAACGGCUAAGUUUGUUUGCAAACACGGGUUAGAGAUUGAGAACAGGAUUAUAGCUUCCAACGUCAAGAAUGCUAGAUUCAAGUUUUUAAGCAGCUCAGAUCCUUAUCAUGCCUUUUACAAACACAAACUUUAUGAAUAUCAAGCUCAGAAUCAACAUGGAGUUGAAGGUAAUGACGAUGCUGCUACAGGUGCACAACCCGACCCUUUGGCUCAACUUAUGACUCCGCCUGAAGAGGAUUAUACAGUCAUACUUCCUGAUGGGAUCACAGACGAGGAUCUUGAUACUGUUAACCUCACAGUACGUGUGGUAGCGCGGAAGGGGAAAUCGUUCUUAGUGGAAUUAACGAGAGGGGAGAUAAAUAACUAUCCUCAGUCUUAUUCUAAGAAUCUAAUCCACAGUAUGUUUGAUUGUUUCGAUGCUCUGGUUGAUACAUUUUCGGCUAUAAUAGUUAAGAUAGGAUGUUUUAUUUUAUUUUCCUUUUUCUUAUUGUGUUUAUCGGUUACUUUAGGAGUUAUCCUUCUUUUCAAAAUGUAGUUCGUUUAGCAAUCUUAAUACAUAGAAGUGUUAGGACUUGGAAGAGUGUGUUUGUUGCUCCAAUAAAACGAACGUAGACACUUCUAUCUAUUUCAUUUAACUUUGACAACAAA